AUUAAAUAAGUAAGGAACAAGUAUGACCAAUAACUCUGUAUUGAAGAAACACGACUUGGGUGCUGCAGCUGUAGGAUCUGAUGAGUUUGCUGUAAUUGACACCGGCUUUUGCACUUUAUGCGGAGAGAAAUCUGCCAGCAAAUGUGACCGGUGUGGAGACUUCUAUUGUUCAGCAUUCUGUCAACGUAGAGAUUGGCAAAAUCAUCGUUAUAUAUGCUUUCCCAUGCCAAAAUUAGUUAAAGCUGUACAAGAGACAGUUGUUGUGAGAGAUGAACCUGAACCUCAAACUGCUGCAAAAUCUUCACGAAAUUCGAGUAUGCCACCAAGUGGCAGCUGUGUUUUAUUAACUGGAUUUAAGUCAACUAAUCGCUGUUACAUACGUUCUACAAAUCCUUCCACUGUGGCAGAAUACGAUAGAGUGUUGAACGAAAUUAAUGACUUUGGAAAAAAUUCGACUGCUGUACUAUCCGAUAAUCCUAAAUUGAAUUCAUAUGCUCUAGCUUUAAGAGGAGAGAAAUGGUGUAGAGUACAAAUUAUGGGAAACCGUAAAGAUAAUUGUUUCCGCAUAUUUUUCGUCGACUUUGGAGAUGUAAGUAAACGGUUUUUAAAAGAUUUGCGACAAAUUCCACCAUCUUUAGCAAACCUGCCAAAUUUUAUACAUAUGGUUCAACUAAAGGGCAUUAAAAAAUUCUCCAUUGAAACAAAACUGCUGCAAUCGUUGGCAAAGUACACCAAUAAAGAAUACAAAGUUGAAUUUGUUCAACCAGAUGAAGCAGGGGGUCACGUUGAACUAUAUCAAUGGGAAAAUAAUACUUUAUUAAAUUCCUUGAUUCUAGCUUCAAUGAGUAAACAAAUCGAUAAUGGCAAAGAGAUGGAGCAUGUCUCAGUUACAUCGUCAUUGUCAAACGACAAUGACGUGCAAAAGAAUGGAUUUGGAAAGUCGGUUACCAAUGAAGACACUAAUAAAAAAGAAGUUCAAACUAAAGCUUCUAUCGCCCAAAAUAAAGCCGAAAGUUAUGUUAGCGAAAGUUUGAGUUCAGUAAAUCAUUCUGCCAAAAAAAGAGGUCCACCACGUCAAAUUCAGAUGCAAAAGCCUUGUUUACAACCACCAUUCGAAAUAAUUCCCUUAAAUGAAAAAGCUGACAAUAUUAAAAUUUUGAUAGUGGACGACACAUACGCAGGAAGUGGUUAUAUUGGAUGUUUAUUAGAGCAAUAUUGUGAAAAUUUAACUGCGGUGUCUAAGUUUUUACAAGACUAUAAAAUCAUUGAUCAAGGUUACAAACCAAAAUUUAACGAAUAUUGCUUAGCAAUGUUUGAAAACGAUUGGUAUCGAGCAAAAGUGGUCGAAAUACUUUCAGAUGACAAAUUUCUGGUGGUUUAUAUUGAUUUUACAAAUGAAAUGGAAUUGACAAGUAGAUCAAUUAGACGUUAUCCCAUGUCUUUAACUUUGCCCUGUUAUACUACCCUGUGUGCUCUUGAUGGUUUACCCGAAGAUAUAUCAGACGAAUUGAAAAAUUUCCUGGAGUUAAAUUGCAAAUCUUUUUCACAUUUAAACAUAGACACUGUUCGAGUUGUAGACGAUAUUCGAUAUGUGAAAUCUAAAGAAUUGUUAAACAAAAUGCGCAAUUCCAAGCUUUUAUAAUUAAAUAUUUAAUGUCCAGAUUAGUAUUUAUAUAUAUAUUAAAGACCUUUCUGGCAAUUUACUUUAAUAUCUUAGCCAUUUACCAAUACCAAAAUUCUCAUAUAUGUAUAUAUAUCGUCACUUAAAAUGCAAAACAACGUAUCAUCAAAAAAUUCGAAAUUGAUUAUUUGGAUUUGCUUUAUUAGUUUUAUUUUUAUUCCAUAAGAAGUGCACAAAAUAGAAACAUGUACUCAUUUGAGCUCCCCACUGUAUAUAAUAUUUUAAACUUUUACUAUCAAAAAUAACCAAGUUAUAACCAAAAUUUAAAC